AGUCAGAGUCUUCAGUUUAACGCUUUCUCAUUGGCUGUCGGGUUUCCAAGCGUUUUUUUCGUCUUUUUCCACCACAUCCACCGACUGCUUCGUUCUAGUAAAGCAGGCCGCCAUUUUAAUUCCGCCUCGCGUAACUUUCCCGCCAUUUGUGUUGCCGUGGCGUCCGGCCCGGGUGAGGGGCGCCGGCUGACGUUUGCUGUGGACGCUUUUGGCGUUUUCUGAAGUGACCGCGAGAAUGGCGGAAAAGAGUCCGCGGCCUGAGGCGGAGGAAGACGCCGAGGAAGAAGGGGAGGAGGCCGCAGAGGCCCCGGUGCGGGCGGUGAAAGGUAAAGGCGAGAAGAAGGAAAAGAGAGAAGAAAAGGCCCCGGAGUCCCCGCCCGAGGAGGACUUAUCCCAGGACUCCCUCCCGUCCGAGCCGUCCUCCACCUCCCCGGCCUACCCCCGAGUCAUGCCGGUCCAUCCCAGCGUGUCCCCGGCGCCCUACGCUCCCGAGCCCCCUGGCGCCUACUGCCCCUCCGUCUCCGGGGUCAACCUGUUCGCCAAUGACGGCAGCUUCCUGGAGAUGUUCAAGAAGAAGAUGGAGGCGACCGGGAGCAAGGAGGAGACCAAGGAGCCCGAGGAGAAGAAGCCGGAGCCGGACAAGAGGAAGCCCAUCAGCUUUGUGGGCAAGCGUAGAGGAGGGGCAAAGCUGGCCCUGAAGACAGGCAUUGUAGCCAAGAAGCAAAAGACGGAAGAAGAGGAGAUUAUGUCACACAAGGGUGGCGCUUGGGCACAGUACAUGGCAGAGGUGAAAAAAUACAAAGCUCACCAGUGCAGUGAUGAUGACAAAACCCGGCCGCUGGUGAAAUAACCUGGAGAAUCCUGGACUUGUAUUGGCUGCGGCCUCUGGGGAUGGUUCAGCCUGGAAGCGUAUGUUACUUUACCCCCACACCUUGCUGCAAGCUCCUUGCGCUGUCCCAUGGAUUAUACAGUUCUAAGCCUCUCUGGACUCUCUAUAUAAUGAAGAGAAAGAAAAAAGACUUUCCACAUGGGGGUCUUCACACACAGUGCCGGUGUCGAGUGCCCCUCCGCCCUCAUUGGAGCGUAUCUGCCUUCCCUGGCCAAUGAGGACUACUCUGACCCAAACCCGUCUGCUGCUGCCACAAGGAGAAAUAGAGAUAUUGUCAUGUGUAUGUGUAUAUGUAUAUAUUUUAUUUUUCCUAUUUUUUUUUUUGACCCCCCCCCACCUUUUGUUUUUUGUUCCCCUGUGCAAGGGGGUUAUUUACUUUCCACUUCUGUUUUGCAAGAAUGGCUGUCAUCAUGUAUAGAAUUUUGUCGUAUUAAACCAUUAAGUUGGCCCUAAAUACAUUCCCAUUCUAAUGAAAGUCUGGAGUCGUCUUGACACAACAUGGAGGCCCCGUCCGUCCCCUUCACACUGUGACUUGUACCACAAGCUGACGUAGGUUCUGUGAAUGUCAUCGCUGCCGUUGGCUACAUCAGUGUAGGGCAAAUAUUACUGGGGCUUGUCCAGUCCUCUGAGCUUGAAUAAUACUUGAUGUCUCAGAUGUUCAGGGUCGUACAUUCCAUUAGAUGCAGAGGUCUCCAAAUUGUUGUAAACCUACAAUAUCCAGCAUGUCUUCUGUCUGGGCGUUGUAGUUCUUCCACAGUGUAAACUUUAAAGGGGUACUCUGCUGCUC